AUGUAUUCAUGCGCCAACUACCCCCGCGGAUGCCGAGGCCGUGUCAACAGACAAGGCUCCAAGUGCUCUGACUGUGUAUCUCUCAACUUGCGCCGCCCAGCAUCAGCUUCUCCAUUCGCCCAGCCGCGCGAGUACAAGCGCAUGCUGCCCUCAGAGAUCUUUGGCGAAUCCUCAACCAAGGCGCCCGAGCCCCGAGUGUAA